CAGCAAUUCCCCGGCCCCUUCGCACCGUUUCCCUCUGCGCUCCCACCCCCCGCCCCCCGAAAUCACCGCCGCGCCCCGCGUCUCGCCCACGCUCACAAGGAAAGGAGGGGAGGAGACCGGGGCCCAGACGCCAACGCGCGGACCCCUCGAGUAGGGCGAGGUCCGGGCUCCGCUCCCGGUUUCCGGGGAGAGUGCGGAGGACCCCCAUCGUGCGCGCCAUUGAACUCUGCUCCCGGCUGCUCGCCGGGGAGAGGGCGGAGGACCCGAUCGUGCCGUCUCAACCCGCUCCGCACCCGCGCGGCCGCGGGCGUGGUGCUCCCGCGCCUUCCGGGCGCCUCCUGCUUCUCCGUGCGCCCUCGGCUCCAUGGAGGCCGGCUACUGCAACCGCAAGAAGACCGACGGCAUCUGCGAGUCAGUCUGCGACAGCGAGUUUGGCUCGAAGUCAGUCCUGAGCAUGUCAAGGCUGAAGUGCGCACUGCGGGGAUUUGAUCUGAGGGUUCUCUUGAUCCUACUGAUUGGUGUGCCAAUUUUGAUCUUUGCCAUAUAUGUGCAUGGCCAGAAGGUGACUUACUUCCUCCGACCAAUCUGGGAGAAGCCCCCAAAGCCCUUCACAAUACUCCCUCACUAUUACCAUGAAAAUGUCUCGAUGGGUAACCUAUGCAAGUUGCAUGGAUGGAAAGUCAGGGAGACUCCACGCCGUGUCUUUGAUGCCGUGCUCUUCAGCAAUGAGCUUGACAUCCUUGAUAUCCGCUGGCACGAGCUUAGCCCGUAUGUGUCAGAAUUUGUGCUGCUUGAGUCCAAUUCAACUUUUACCGGCAUAAAGAAGGACCUUCACUUCAAGGAAAACCGCCAACGGUUUGGCUUUGCAGAGUCACGGUUGACCUAUGGCAUGAUAGGUGGAAGGUUUGUGAAGGGAGAGAACCCAUUUGUCGAGGAGUCGUAUCAAAGGGUUGCUCUCGACCAGCUCAUUAAGAUUGCGGGCAUCACGGAUGACGACCUGCUGAUCAUGUCUGAUGUUGAUGAGAUCCCAAGUGGACACACCAUCGACCUCUUGAGAUGGUGCGAUGACGUUCCGGAGAUACUCCAUCUCCAGCUCAGGAACUACCUCUACUCGUUCCAAUUCCUACUUGACGACAAGAGCUGGAGGGCUUCAGUGCACAGAUACAGAGCUGGGAAGACGAGGUAUGCACAUUUCCGGCAGACGGACGACCUCCUGGCUGAUUCAGGGUGGCACUGCAGCUUCUGCUUCCGCUACAUAAACGACUUCAUCUUCAAGAUGAAAGCCUACAGCCACGUCGACCGGAUCAGAUUCAAGUACUUCCUGAACCCGAAGAGGAUUCAGCAUGUGAUUUGCGAAGGGGCUGACCUUUUCGACAUGCUUCCCGAAGAGUACACGUUCCAAGAGAUCAUCGCCAAGCUGGGGCCUAUCCCGAGUACAUUCUCCGCCGUUCAUCUCCCUGCCUAUCUGCUGGAGCAAUUCGAUCGGUACAGGUACCUUCUCCCAGGCAACUGCGUUAGAGAGAGUGGCUAGGCAGCUGGCUGCCCGCCGUCUGCAUCAUGACCCUGAGGCGCACGGACGUCGCUCUCUCGCGGAUGUCUGUCUUAUGGCGGCGGGGGUUGUGUCCGAUACGAUUGGCUGACUUAGUUGAGUGAUCGCUUGGCUGCUGGUUGAGUUCAUAUGGGAUUUUUGUGUACCGUGUAACAGAAACCAUGGAAGGCCUGACGGCUGCGUAGCGCAGCGCGUGCUUGAUCGCUGCUGCGUUCUUGUUUGGCAGAGGAGAGCUGAGAGCUUUUUGUUCGUUGCUUCCAUGAUUGAUAUAUGAUGAACUCAGAACCUGUUGUAGAUCU